CGUUGAAACGUAAACGCUCAACGAAAUGUCCCAAGAAGGUUUAACAGAAGCCUAUGGAUGGGCUGCAAGAGAUUCAUCGGGAAUUCUCUCCCCUUUACAUUUCACCAGACGGGCAAAUGGUGAUACAGAUAUCACCAUCAAGAUACUCUACUGCGGGAUUUGCCACUCCGAUUUUCAUAUGCUGAAGAAUGAUCAUGGCAUAAGCAUCUAUCCCUUAGUCCCCGGGCAUGAGAUUGUGGGGGAAGUGACAAAGGUGGGAAGACGAGUUACAAAAUUCAAGGUUGGUGACGUGGCUGGAGUGGGUGGCAUCGUGGGCACGUGCGGCACGUGUUCCAACUGCACACAGGGCUUGGAAACUUACUGCCCCAAAAUGAUUCUAACCUCUAGCUCACACUACCAUGAUGGAUCAAUAACGUAUGGAGGCUUCUCUGAUAAUUUUGUUGUUGAUGAGCACUUUGCCGUCACAAUUCCCGAAUCUAUGCCUCUGCAUGCCACAGCCCCUUUGUUGUGUGCUGGAAUCACUGUUUACAGCCCCAUGUUGCACCACGGGCUCUGCAGGCCCGGUCAGCACUUGGGUGUGGUGGGCCUUGGUGGGCUCGGCCAUCUGGCUGUUAAGUUUGCCAAGGCUUUUGGUAUGAAGGUCACUGUUAUAAGCACUUCGUCCCGAAAGAAGGAGGAAGCAAUUGAACGUCUUGGUGUGGAUUCCUUCUUGCUUAGUCAUCAGCAACAACAAUUGCAGGAUGCGACCGGGACAAUGGAUGGGAUCAUUGACACAGUUUCAGCACCUCAUUCUGUGUACCCUUUAGUUGGUUUAUUGAAGACAGGAGGCAAUUUGAUAUUGGUGGGUGCACCUGCAGCCUCAUCUCCUGAAUUACCGUCUCUGCCACUCAUUAUGGGGAGGAAGUCAAUAAGUGGGAGUGCAGGUGGAGGAAUGAGAGAGACACAAGAGAUGAUUGAAUUUGCGGCAAAGCACAAUAUUAGUGCAGAUGUGGAAGUUAUUCCCAUGGAUUAUGUGAACACUGCUAUGGGUAGACUUGUCAACAAUGAUGUUCAAUAUCGAUUCGUCAUUGAUGUAGCAAAUACUUUGGACACUCCACGCACUAACUAAUUAAUUAAUUCAUGCCUACAAAUCACGGACUAGAUCCAAAAUUAUAUAUUUUGACUUAG